UGGCAUAUGGGAUAUUUGGUUUUGAAGAAGAAGCUGCAGUUUUUCCGCCAUAUAACAAAAUUACAUAAGAAUUUCAAAAGAUAGAAAUCAUAGCAUUUCUACUGAAAGGAUUUAUAAUAAUUACAGUACCAGGAAGUUCAAUAUGAAGAGGAAUCAUUUUGAGCAACCAGAAUACAGAAACUGGCAGUUCUUUGUCCUUCACAAACCAACAAAUGUUAACCCCCCUGGCAGUAGGGAAAACAGACCUACGGAGGUGAAACAGCCAUUCCAGCGUGCCAGGGCGGUCAGUGAAGAUGAUGAUAAACCCCCUCCUAUUCCGACAAAGUCUGAAGGAGCAUUUUUGGACGUCUCUCAAGUAAAAAGUUAUAAAAGGCGUAGUUGGGAUGAUAAAAUUUGGGCAGAGAAAUAUUCGUGCCCGCCUCCGGUGCCAAUAAAAACACCUGAGGCGUACAUGUUACCACGUACCAGAGGCCAACAUUAUGAUGGGGUGAUGCGAUACCCACCAAUGACAAGGUCAAGGUCAUCAACAGACAACAAGUACCAUUCCUUGGAGAGGAAUUUCUUUUCUAAGAAAGGUACAACGAAUGAUGCAAUGAUAAUAUAGGGCAAAGUGUUUUAAUUAGGGCAGUAUUGUUAUGCUCACUAUUAAGACGUGACAUAUCUCCAAUAUAUGCCAUGAACUAUUUGUAUAUGUACAUGUAUAUUUGUAGCCUGUAUAUUACAAAUGCAGCACUGGUAGGUGUGUAUAGGCUUUUCUAUCCUUAUUCUAAACUUUAAGUUUAUAAUGCAACCUAUUUGAGUGGAUAUUAAGUUUACUGCUAGCUAUUUUAUGCUUAGCCUAUGUGAAUGAGAUGUUCAGAGCAAUACAUAUUACAAUAUGAUGGACUAGAUAUAGAAUCAUUGACAGUGAUUAGUGUCUGUUUAAUUGAGUAGAUUCUUCAGAAUGCUACGCUAGCUGAUGUUUCAGAUGUACAGUGUUUCAGUUGUAAAUGAUAGUUAAGACAAUUUGAACCUAGAGGACUGCAC